CUAGAGAGAGGAGCGGCGCACAAGAGCUCUUUCUCUCUUCUCACUCUCGUCGCUCUCGCUUGUCCUGAGAAAUUACAAUAUUCAUCACGGGGCGAACAACCCUGUUUAUUCUCCCCUUACACUUUUGCGAAGAGGCUCAAUUCGCUCUCAUCUUCAGAGUUCCCAGGGUUCCCGAGCUGUGCCCAGCUGACAGGCUUUCAAAGAUGGCACAAUAACAGUUCCAGUGAUGCCUGACCAUGAACGCUCAGCCCUCUUAAACAGACAAACCAAGAGAAGAAGAGUUGACAUAGGAGUGAAGAGGACUGUUGGGCCAGCAUCUGUGGUUAUUACCAGAGGAAAAGCAACCUAUCUUAGUGCCAUGAAUCCCCACAGCUCUGAGCAGGAUGUUGAGUGUUCAGUGGUGCAGCAUGCAGACAGUGAGAAGUCCAAUGUGCUUCGCAAGCUGUUGAAGAGGGCGAACUCUUAUGAAGAUGCUAUGAUGCCCUUUCCAGGGGCGACCAUAAUUUCUCAGCUUCUGAAAAACAAUUUGACCAAAAAUGGUGGCAGUGAACCUAAUUUCCAGGGGAGCGCCCUCUCAAGCACCGGUUCAGAGAUACAGCAAGAGGACGCUUGCAGCAACUCCUCACGGGGCAGCCCUCAGGGGUGUCUUUCACCAUUCAACAGGCCCACGAUGACCCAAUUUGAAAUGGAGAGGCUAACAGAUGAACAUCUCAGGGCCAAACGAGCCCGCGUGGAGAAUAUCAUCCGUGGGAUGAGCCAUUCUCCGAGUGUCACGCUCCGUGUAGGUGAUAACGAGCGUGAGGGGGUAGCCCAGCCCCCAAGUCCUCGUGAGAACUACCGGGAAAACAAGCGCAAGCAGAAGCUGCCACAGCAGCAGCAGCAGAGUUUCCAGCAGCUCGUCUCGGCCCGCAAAGAACAGAAACACGAGGAACGCCGGCAACUGAAACUGCAGCUUGAAGACAUGCAGAAACAACUUCGGCAAUUACAAGAGAAGUUCUACCAGAUUUAUGACAGCACUGACUCUGAAAAUGAUGAAGAUGGAAACAUCUCAGAAGACAGCAUGCGUUCCGACGGAAUGGACAAUUGUGCCCACGAUUCUGUCCCAGAUCGCUCCGACAAUGAGCUGUCUGAUCUGGAUCCAGGGCACUUCCUGAAUCGAGCACGUGCACUUCUUCGUGAGCAGACCAUGAUGGCAGAAAGGGACAAGCCAAAGCGCGAUGGGUCACGAGGGAAGGGACCAACAUCCAUGCAUGCAGAGGGUAAACAGUUAGCCGAGACACUAAAACAAGAGCUGAACACAGCAAUGUCGCAGGUAGUUGACACAGUGGUGAAGGUCUUUGCUAAGCCUCCACGCCCAGUUCCUCAGGUUUUUCCAACCCUGCAGAUGCCUCGUGAACGUUUUGCUGUCAACGGAGAAAACUCAAACUUCCAUACUGCCAAUCAGCGCUUGCAAUGUUUUGGUGAUGUCAUCAUUCCUAAUCCCCUGGACACUUUUGCUAGUAUGCAAGUGCCCAGUUCAAAUGACCAAACAGAGGCCCUGCCUUUGGUAGUGAGAAAGAGCUCCUCAGAUCAGACCGGGUCUCAGCCUACUCCUGGGGGUCACCACCAUCCCUCACUGCACCCCUCUCCCUUAUCUUCCACUAUGGGCUUUAGUCCGCCCUCCUUUCGCCAUCCUUUCCCCCUUCCUCUAAUGGGCUACCCUUUCCAGGGCCCUUUAGGUGCCCCAACAGGGCUUUACCCCGGAAAGGACAGGUCUUCUCCUGAGUCUCUGGAUCUGUCCAGAGAUACUACCAGCCUAAGGACCAAGAUGUCGUCCAGCCACCUCAGCCACCAUCGUUCCAUCUCACCAACACACCCAGGGAAUGAAGGCUUGUCAUUGUCCCUCAUCAAGUCAGAGUGUGGAGACCUGCAGGACAUGUCUGACAUCUCUCCAUAUUCAGGAAGUACAAUCCAAGAGGGGCUUUCUCCAAACCAUCUGAAGAAGGCCAAACUGAUGUUCUUUUACACCCGCUACCCCAGCUCCAACAUGCUGAAGAUUUUCUUCUCAGAUGUAAAGUUCAAUCGCUGCAUCACAUCUCAGCUGAUCAAGUGGUUCAGUAACUUCCGUGAGUUCUACUACAUCCAGAUGGAAAAGUUUGCCCGGCAGGCCAUCAACGAUGGUGUGACAGGAUCAGAAGAGCUGAGCAUCAGCCGUGACUGUGAGCUUUUCCGCGCCCUCAACAUGCACUACAACAAGGCGAACGAUUUUGAGGUUCCGGAGCGAUUCCUGGAAGUGGCACAGAUCACGUUACGGGAGUUUUUCAAUGCCAUUGUGGCAGGCAAAGAUGUUGAUCCUUCCUGGAAGAAGGCCAUUUACAAGGUCAUCUGCAAGCUGGACAGUGAGGUCCCAGACAUUUUCAAAUCUCCCAAUUGUCUGCAGGAGCUUCUGCAUGAGUAGAGAUUUAAUUUGCUUACCAGUAUCUACAUCCCUUCUUUUCCUGAAUCUUUACGAAGUAAGAGGUAGCAUUCCUAUUUUUAAGUCCCAGCUACUUUUGAACGACUUAGCUGUUAAUUUUUUUGUGCUUCUUUUUGAGAAAGUAUAUAAAAUUCUUGAUUGUUUUGACUGUAUUAAAUCCCUUCCCCCUUUUUCCUGCCUUUAAAAUGGGCAUUACUAUGUUUACCACAUGAUGGUUAACAAAUGGAACUGACACCCUAAAUUUCUCUCUUUUAUUGGUCAUUUUGUUGAGGGUUUUGUUUUAUCCAAGGAUGUUUGCAAUGUGUGAUGGUUUUACUUUUGCUGAAUAAGACUUGCAUUUGUAGCUUGUAUAGCUGUAAUUAUUAUUUAUGAUUAAUAUAAUUAUUACCAUUAAUGUUAUUAAUGCUUGCUUCAACAACAAAAAAAAGGAAGAAAGGACAAUACAAAAAAAUGACAUAUGGUAUUCUUGUUUCUCAUGGCAAUGCUACAUAAAAUAUUUUAUUCUUUGGACAAAAAAAGAAUAAUAAUAAUGAUAAUAAAGAGGGAUAUACAUUUUUUAUGUGGGAAAUUCAUAUAUAUAUAUAUAUAUAUAUAUAUAUGUUAUUCUUGAAAGGAACAGCAUUAACUGUUUUUUGGUUUAGCUGUUCUUCUAUGCUGGCAAGGGUCCAAUGUUCUUGUGUUUUGUGUCCACAUUGAUAGCACUGGCUCUGGGGAGGGAGGCCUACUCGUAGGUUUUUUCCUUGAUGGAGCAGCCUCUCCUGUAACUAAGCAACAUGGCCAUUUCAUACUGGGGCAAGCCAGUUCGGCACAAAAAAGAUGGACGCCUUCCCACUGAGAAACCAUUCUUUCUCAUAAAAAGCACACUGUCACAACUGCUCAUAUAAUCACACACACACAAACACAUACCAAAAUAAACAUCCCUCUCAUAUAUACACUCUAAUUCACAAACAUUCACUCAGUCAAACGUGUGCUCUAGGGUGUCAAGACAAGAGAAAUGUUGUUGUUGAUUUUGUCCACCUACUUGCUGGGAACACCUCUAUAAUUGGACUGUAAAUCUGGGAUACUAUCUAAAGUUUGGUUUACACAAUAGCCAUUUUGACUGAGAACAAUUUGAGCAUUAGCAAAGAUUUUAAUAAAAAAAAACAACUUUCUACUUACAGGAUUGUUCAAAGUUUAUUUGUUAGAAAUGUUCAGAUUUGCUUAAUAUUUACAAUCAUCCAAUUAAGCUAUGACAGUGUACAGUUUAUCAGUAGAGAAAAUGUCAUGACUUUAUUUGUUGAUUUAAAUUGUACAUGUAUAUGUAUCAUAUUUAGUUCUUUGAUUUGUAGUUGUCUCCACAUGCUUUUGAAAAAAAUCCUCAGUAAAGGGAAUCUAAUUAUAGUAGUUAAGCCUGCUAUGGAAUCUAUGUAAUGUACCUAGUUACAUGUCCCAGAAACAAUUAGUCUGCCAAAUAACAGUUUAUGCUUAGAGUCCACAAAAAGAAAGACAGCCUUCAGACUCUUUGUGCAUCCAUCCCUAGUUCAUAAAUAAGAGACAGCAAUAGAGGGCAAGGACUGGACAUGUGAUAUACUCUGGAAGCCUGUGCCGUUUGCAUUGGCAAAUCCAGCUGAUGAAUUAAAACGCAGGCCGGCAAUUAUUGUCAGCACAAUGCCUUAAAAAACCUGCUGACUUCUAGAUUAAUGGGCACAAAAGAGCAUGAGGUGCUGUCAUUCUGUCGCCAGGGCUGGCAUCAUCCACAGCCCGCGGACAACGCACAAAACGCCACUCUAUUCACUAUGCAUUGUAAAGGUGAAAAAACAAAACAAAGUUAGGAGUUAAAAAGGAAGCGUUUUGGCCCUUUUCAAUUCUCAAGUCUCUUGCAAGGCUGUGCUAACGUAUGUUCUCCUUUACAUAUUCAGUUGUUGCGGUGUAAAUCUCUAUACAAUCAGGCAUUGUGUACUUUACACACUUAAUAAAUAUGAUAAUUGACUGUGCAAUUUUUUUUCCAAAAGAUUUGAUAACCUAAAAUGUAAUAGAAAUACAGUCAUUUGACUCAUAUGUGUUGAAGUAAAAUAUAAAACACAAAAGAAAAUAUAUCACAAAUUGAAAUAGCAAGAUAUAUUUUCUAGAUAUAAAAUAAAUAAAUAACCUCAGCUGUAUGUUCUUGGUAAUUAUCUACAUACAGAGACCUUUGACAGCCUUUUUGAAGAAACAAUGUGUUUUUUAAGAAUGACAUUAAAGUUCCCUAAAAAUCGGAUAUAAUUUAAACCAUUUAAAGUAGCUCAGAGAAAAUAUGUCCGCAUAAGAUAUUGACAGACAUCAGCGUGUCUGUGUGUGCUUGUGCUUGUGCAUGUGCGUGUUCACAGCAAGUUUGUGAACACAUGCAUGAUAGAACUUUAGUUUUAGCUCCCCGUUUCUGAUUUUUGUUAUUUUAUCAAUUGUUUCCUUUUUAAAAGUUUAUUUUAUUUGUGUUUAUCACUGUACUGCAAUUUUGAAGGAAACCAGAGGCAGAAUACGUUCAACAUCUCAACUCUUUAUUCAUGUUAUUGCUGUUGUACCUCUAGAAGUGUUACGAUGUUUUAAGUGUUUUGAGUGGUGAAGUUUGGUUGUUAAUAUUUUUACACCCCUUCAUCUCACCACCACCACUUCAGGGUUGCCCAUCAAAGGUGUUCACGAUCAGCCUACAUUAAUUUGAGAAUAGAAAUUAGAAGAAUUUGUUUGCAUCGUUUCACAUGGUCAUUUGAUGUGUUGCGUUGUUUUAGUCUAAAAUCAUAAAUGUAGAUGAUGUGUACAUUUCGCACUCCAUUAAGGUCAAUUGUUCGGGACACUUGAGUUUCAAAAAGAAUGCCAAGUCUCUGAAUAACCUUGAUUCUUGUUUGGGUAUACAGUACACUUUCAUCUCACUUGUGCUGCACUAUUGGGCUUUUACCUUCUACAUAUUUGGAGAAACUUUUUAGUUGUUUUCAUGAAAUAAAAAAUGUUAUGUGGUGAUCACAAAUCUGUAAAAAUCUGAAUUUAUUGCCAAACACUGUUUGGGACUGUUUUUUAUAACAAAAAAAGACAUGUUACAAAGAGAAAGAAAGACACUUUGUAUAUGAUUAUAUUUCUGGGAGGGGGACAAUUAUUUGUACUGAAUGCAAUGUGUUGUACAAGAUUCUUGACUCUUUGUAGAUUUGAUGCUAUAUUUAUGAGGUGUGUGCUCCCUGAAGGGUUUUAAACAUGACUUCACUAGACAUAUAUGUAAAUAUGAACAGAAAAUAAAAAACACUGCCUUUCUAUGAUUUAGCAAUAUGAUGUAAAUAGCAUUGUUAUGCUUUUUUGUAUGAGAGAAUUCUUUGAUUAUAGUAUGGUAAUUUCAGCUGAUACUGUUACAAUUUUCUUUGAUACGUUUUGAUGGAUACUCAUGACUUAAUUGAUCUGUUCACAUACAUUGUUAACGGGUUAGCAUUGUGGAUUUUGUUGUCAAUUUGUCAUGCCGAAUUUUCAUAAUUUAUUGGUUUAAUUUAUCAUAAUUUAUUUGGUGAUUGUGUACAAUUGUGGUAUUUCUGGGGAUGUACUGUAAUACUAUUUGGCAGAACGAGACAACAUAAUGCCCUCAUAAGCUCCUUAACUCUCUAGAGACAUAAAGAGACACUUAUGUCUUGGUAGCCAUUGUAAUUUCAGAAACUGUAGUCAGAUGCUUGAUGAAAAAAAGGAAAGAAAAUAUUGCUCAACAAAACUUUUAUUCUAUUUUGUUUGGAAGGUGAAUUAUUUUAUUUUUUUUUCCUAAUCAUUUAAUCAGACUUUUACCUUUGCUUUUUACCACCUACACAAUACAGUAGUCAAAGUGCCUCGUGUGCCUUCCAUCUCCUCAGAACUGAAUGUAUGUGCAGUAUAUAUGCAAGCUUGUGCAAAAUAAAAACAUAAAGU